GUUUAUGUUUGUUAAUCUCUGCUCUGGGAUCUGUUGUCUGAUCAAAACUUUAAUUAUUCAGAGUGACUGUGCACCUAUUUUCCUUUUUUAAACAAUAAUGGUGGCAGAUCACAGAGCUCGUCACGGACUGUCUCACGUGUUUGCAGCUGCUUUAAAGAGACUUAAUGAAUCUGUUUGGUUUGUUGUGUUUCAGCCUCACAUCAGGAGACAGAAAUAGAAACUUUGUUGUCAGCGCCUUGGCGUGUUUUUGGUUCGUUUGAUUUUGGAGUGAUUUCAGCGGUUUGCAUCAGAGAAACGCUGCUGCUGCUAAACACAUCGUUUACGAGGAAUGGAAGAAAAUGUAUUUACAGUCACGACAGCGACUCUGUGAGAGUGAAGAUGAAUGAGGAUGCGUUCGAGGUCCCGGAGCGGAACGAGUACCGUUACCUGGUCCAGGAGGAGGAGGAGGACGAGGUCCAGUACGUCCGUCACAGACACUACAUCAACCCGCUGCUGGUUCUGUCCCGGCGCUGCAUCUUCCUCAUCUGCCUCGGCGUGCUCGCUCUGCUCUCUCUCGCCGCCUACCUCGGCUACAUCGCCCAGACGCUGCCGCCGGGCCUCGCCGUGGUGACGACGCGCUGUGGGGAGUUUAGAGGACGACACAAAAAUGGUGCAUACUCCUUUAAAGGCAUGCGCUACGCCGCUCCGCCCAUCGGAAACUUGCGCUGGGCUCCUCCGGCUGAGCCGCUGUGCAGGAAUGUGGCGUCCGACGCCGGGCGCCUCCGCAGCGCGUGUCCUCAGGUUCGACUGCCGUGGAGCUCGGGGAAGAUGAGUGACCAGGAGGACUGCCUCUUCAUCAACGUGUGGACACCCACGCUGCAGCCCAACGCCAAGCUGCCCGUCAUGGUGUGGAUCCACGGAGGCUUCCUGGACACCCUCAGUGGAGGAGAGCCAGGCUACUCGCCCACGGAGAAGCUCGCCGCUGACACAGGAGUGGUUUACGUCAGCUUCAACUACAGACUGAACGUCUUCGGCUUCCUGGCGUUGGAGAUGCUGAGAGAAGGUUCUCCAAAGAACACCUCAGGGAACUACGGCUUCAUGGACCAGAUCGAAGCCCUGAAGUGGGUCCAGAUGAACAUCCACGUGUUCGGAGGAGAUCCUGGGAAAGUCACAAUAUUUGGAGGUGGGACCUCCGUGUGGACGCUGAUGAUGUCUCCGCUGGCGAAGGGUUUGUUCUGGGCGGCGGUGGACAUGAGCGGCUCGUACGUCUACAACACGACGCUGGAACAGGCCGAGUCCGACAACCGAAACCUGGAGUUCCUGAAGAAGACGGGCUGCAGAGACCUGGCCUGCCUCAGACGCCUGACUGUCAGGCAGAUCUUGCAAGCCAUCCCGUGGCAGCAGUACCCGUCCUGGGCAGCAGCUGAGGUGUCGGACCUCCCUGUUAAAGGUCGCUUCAUUGGCCCGAUGGCGGUGGUGGACGGAUACGUCCUGGAAGCUCCACCUUUGGAGGUGUGGGAGAAGAAAGGAGGCCACAGUGACGUCCCUUUUGUCAUCGGGACGAUGGAGCAGGAAGUGGACUUCAGCCCGCCGGCUGAAAACAUCUCCAUGUGGAACUGGGAGGACUACAGGUGGUUUGUAAAUGAAAAACUGAAGUCCUUCAGUGGGAAUCUCUCCUCAGCGGCGUUGGACUUGUAUCCGAGCUCUGCCCACUGCCCCACCAAAGACCGCUGUCCGGAGAGGGCCUACACCACCAUGGUGUCCGACAUCAGGGUCACCUGUCCCAACAACGAGCUCGCCCUGAGGGCUGCAGCCGCCCUGAACAGUCCCGUGUAUCGAUACGUGGUCACGUACACGCCGUCACGACCCGUCAACACGUCCAGCAGUCUGCUGCCGUUCGCCAGCCGCUUCGCCUUUCACCGCCUCGACGCCAUGUCAUUCUUCGGAGCGCUGGAGUCCGUCCUCGGGAAGCCACCCUCCGAUACCGACGUGAAGUUCCAGGAUCUGAUCAGACGGCACCUCGUCAGCUUCGCCACAACAGGUAAGAUGGCAGAUGAAUGGCCAAAGUACCCAGCAGCCACUGCUCUCCUGUCCAACAACCUGUCGAUAGCGGAGAGCUACUCGGCUGAGAAGUGUCGGCUGUGGAAGGAGAACGGGCUUUUCGCCUACGCCUGGACGAACUGACCACGAGCACAGAGGUGAUGUCACGUCCUGCAGCAGCCAGAUAACUGGCGACUGAAGUGAUGGUUUGAGUUAAGUUCAUCGCCCUGAAGUCAGAUCUGUGUUCAACCCUCCAAACAAGACAAUCAGCAGCUUUAUCUUAAAAACAGAAACUGACAGUCACGAGUUGUUUUCAUUUGAAAAACACAACUUCCUCUUCAAAUUGACACCAAAUGCUGCACUAUCCGAGAAUAAAACACGUUCUCUUCACACUCUCUUCAGCUUCAGACGACUGGAGGGAAGUGACCCUUUAACUGAGUCUGCAGUCAAAGAUAUUCAGCGUCAGGUCAGUGUGAAGUGUGAGGAAAGUUACCGUCCAGAAUAUUUAAGAGUCUGUCUUUGACCCGACUGUCAGAGAGUCUGAGCAUGUUUUUAAAAAUCAGAAAGGAGCCGUCAGAGCUCUGCAAACCCACCGAUGAAGAAGUAAACUUAGAAAGUAACUUUUUAAAAAGUUCAGACGGAGGCUCGGCUUCAGGGAUUCACAAACUUUUUAAAGUCAGGAACCUCCGCAGCUUAGAAAAAUAUUACCACAGACAGACGAACCUGUUUGACCCCCUGAAGUUCCUGUUAAGUACAAUCCGCCUUGUAUUAAAUCAACUCUUCUUCACAGCAAACACGAAUAAACAUUAAUCUUCAAAUCACUCGUCAUUUAUCCGCCUUCACGCUUCAGGAUCCUCGAUGCGCUGCCGUCACUUUCUGCGGGAGCUCUUAAAAAGGAAUUGGACACUCUGAAUUCAGGGGACGCUUGUUUUAUGAACCUGUGGAGUCCUGCUGUUUGCACUGAUUCUUAACCACGAAGCUCGGCCACAAAGUCUGUGCACUCUUCCUGUCAACGUGCGACACGUGUGUUUCAUGACGUGUUUUUUCAUUCCAGGUGUUGAUGAAUCUGUUUUUCACAUUUACACUUUGACUCUGUCUUUGUAAACAGUAAUUAAGCUUCAUUUGUAUUAAUUAAUUUGUGGCAUGUGAAAUGUGAUCACUCUUUCAUACGCUCAAUAAAUGACACCACACGAA